GAAGAGGAAGAGGAAGAGGAAGAGGAAGAGGAAGAGGAAGAGGAAGAGGAAGAGGAAGAGGAAGAGGAAGAGGAAGAGGAAGAAAGGCAGGGCUUCGAGGAAAUCGAACCUGCACUUUUAUCCUUUUCACAAGACUCUCAUGAAGUCGUCGUGUACCUCGACAUCCAGUACGGCCAGUCUACCACUUGGUCUGAGAUUCUUUUGAGUCUCUGUAUCGGACUGCCUACAUGA